AUGAACGCCUCCGUGGAGAGCAGAUGGUGUCAACUGCGGGACACAGUCCAGUCGACGACCCUGGCUGUCCUUGGCCGCGCACAUCGCCAACACCAGAAGUGGUUCAACGACAAGGACGCCGACAUCAGCAAAUUACUCGCCGAGAAGAGUCGACGGCACAAAGUCUACCUCGACCGCCCCACCGAUGAAAAGAGAGUUGCUUUCUACCGCAAUCGUCGUCUUGUACGACAGCGGUUGCGGGAAAUGCAGGACACCUGGACGGCUCGCAAGGCCGAGGAGAUCAAAGGGCACGCGGACCGCAACGAAUGGAGAAAAUUCUUCUCCGUGAUAAAGGCUACCUAUGGCCCGCCAACCAAAGGAACUGCUCCUCUUCUAAUUGUUGACGAAAGCGCCAUGCUCACCACGAAGACAAAAAUUAUACGGCGAUUGGCCGAGCGCUUCAGACGCACCUUCAGCCGCCCCUCUACCAUCUCCAAUGCCGCUAUCGCCCGUCUGCCUCAAGUGGAGGCCAACGCCUACCUUGAUCUCCCGCCCUCCCUUACAUGA